AUGUCCUCGGGUAGCAGAUCCUUCUUUACUCCUCAAGAAACCCGGCUCGAGCUUCCGCAAGGCGCAGCACACCAAACGCCUGACAUCACACGACCAGCAAGUCCUUCAGAAAAUGAUCGAGCUCCCUUCCUGAAUGGUGGACCCAGCGAUGCGCGUGAGGAUGUGCGUAUGGGCGCCAAGGCUCUGCGCAACGAUUCGGAAAAGCCUGCUGUAGGUAUUAUGGCGCUGGCGCCGAUUCUGUGCUACUGUGCUGCUAGCAUCACCAUGACGGUUGUCAACAAGUUCACCGUUUCGGGCCGCGGCUUCAACAUGAAUCUCCUCGUCCUCCUCAUCCAGUCUACGGUCGGUGUCACCUGUGUCUGGAUCGCCGAGCGUGCUGGUCUGAUUCAACUGCGUGGUCUCAACGCGAAAGAUGCUUGGAACUGGAUGCCGUUAAGCAUCAUGCUGGUCUUUGUCAUCUGGACGGGCAGCAAGGCGCUCCAAUAUCUCAACAUUUCGGUCUAUACUAUCUUCAAGAACCUCACCAUCAUCCUUAUCGCGUAUGGUGAAGUCAUGUGGUUCGGUGGUCGUGUGACCAGGAUCGUGCUUUGCAGCUUCCUGUUUAUGGUGCUCUCGUCUGUCAUUGCCGCCUGGUCUGACAUCUCGAACGUCUUUGCGAUUGGCAACCUUUCCAUGCCGCAUACACCGGACUCGAUCAUGGGCGGCAUGGCCAAGGAUCCCAUCACGGGCGCUCUCUUUCCCGCCUUCGAUCCACUCAAGACUGAGAAGGAUGCGAUCAACGCUCAGCUUCAGAGCGCUUCGGCCAAUGAUGUUAUUGAGGGCUUUCAGGGCUAUGGCCUUCUAUCGAGUGGCUACGUAUGGAUGGCGCUCAACUGUAUCUGCAGUGCCACCUACGUCUUGCUCAUGCGCAAGCGCAUCAAGGUCACCGGCUUCAAGGAUUGGGACACCAUGUUCUACAACAACUUCCUUAGCAUUCCUGUUCUCCUGCUCAUGUCGUUCCUGGUUGAGGACUGGUCGUACGCUAAUUUGCACAAGAACUUCCCUGACGACAAGCAGACUAAGCUCAUCUCGGCCAUCGUCUUUUCAGGAGCCUGUGCCAUCCUGAUCAGCUACACCACUGCAUGGUGCAUUCGUGCCACCUCCAGUACCACGUACAGCAUGGUGGGCGCCCUGAACAAGCUUCCCGUUGCUCUCAGCGGUAUGGUUUUUUUCCACGACCCACCCGUCACCUUUUCAAGUGUCAGUGCGAUUGCAGUCGGCUUCUUCGCGGGUCUCGUGUACGCAUUUGGUAAGAACAAGCAGGCCGAGGCGGCCAAGCUUGGUGGUCACGCCUCUGCAAAUGGCAGCUCGAGCAUGUCUGGAUCUAAGGACGGCUCAAGUCUACCCAUGCACACCUUCAACGAUAGGAAAGAUUGA